AUGGGACUCGGUGUCUUAGAAGAUACCAAACUUCCGCACGUGCCUGGUACUGUCCUCUUGAACGACGAGGCUGCCCAUGCAGAAGCUCAAACGGCGAAUCUCAAGCAUGGAACGGGCAAAAACUCGCACAUUGUGCUUUCUCCGCAACCCAGCGAUGAUCCAAAUGAUCCGCUCAAUUGGUCUCUUGUGAAGAAAGAGGCCAUUAUUUGGAUUCUCUGCUUUGGUGCCAUGUUGAACGCGGCAACGAAUGGUCCUUUCUUGAACGCCUCAUACUUCGCUAUCGCCCAAGAAAUCAAAACGGAUCUCACGACCACCGUCAUGGUGUCAGGCUACAACAUCCUCGCUGCUGGCUGCGCUGGCCCCUUUGUAUGUGCAUUCAGCCGCAGAUACGGCAAACGCCCCGUAUUCGUUGUGUCCACUCUCAUCUGCAUCAUCGGGACCGCAAUCGGCGAGUCAAAAAUAAGCUACAACUAUCUCCUUGCGGCUCGGAUUGUACAGGGUUUCUCGACUAGCGCGUUUGAAUCCCUCAUUGUUGCCGCCGUCGGAGAUCUCUAUUGUGUGCAUCAACGAGGCCUACGAAUCUCAACAAUCAACUUUAUCCUGAACUCGGCCUCCAGCUUGGCCUCGAUCAUCUGCGGCCAAGUGUUCAACGACUUGGGCCUCCUCUGGCUUUUCCACCUCUUUCAAAUCUUUUUGGUGGUCCAGUUCGUGCUCAUGUUCUUCUUCGUCCCUGAGACGACGUACCGCCGCGAGUCCAUCUACGAGACCGACAUCGUCAAGGUCGAGACAUUCGAGCAGAUAGAGAAGGCCCACGAAGAGCACCGUGAACACGCCAUUGCCGUCAAGGAACUGAACGAACCCGCCUCGGCUUCCUCCGGACUCCCUGCAAAGAAGACGUUUAUCCAGGAACUCAAGCUCUACAACGGUAUCUUCUCCCACGACAACAUUCUCAAGUGGAUCUUUGGCAUGUUCCUCACCCUGCUCAACCCAGCUGGGUGCUACUCCAUCAUCGUCUCGGGUCUUCUUUGCGCUUGGUACGUCGGCUCAGCCAUCAUCUUGGCCGGCAUCUUCGCGGGCCCGCCCUGGCUGUUCGAUCCCGCGCAGAUCGGGUAUAUUGGAGCAGGGCCUUUCAUCGGCGGCAUGAUCGGGUCCAUAAUCGUGGCAUUGACCGGAGAUCGGGUGGUCAAAUGGAUGACGAUCAAGAACAAGGGGACUUACGAGCCUGAAUUCCGUCUGGUGUUUAUGCUUCCCUGCGCGGUUUUCGCAGGCUUCGGCAUGUUCUUCUUCGGCUACACCAUGGCCCACGGCUCCAACGCCGUCCUCUGCGCCUUCUGCCAAGGGUUGAUGAUGGUCGGCGUCCUCAUUGGCGUAUGGUCGACCAUGUCCUAUGGCCUGGACGCCUUCCGUAGCCAGAGCAACGAGAUGUUUGUGAUGAAUAUGCUCUUCAAGAACUUUAUGUUUUAUGGCCUCUCUAAUUUCGCAAACAACUGGGUCGCGGCGAAGGGUCCCGAGGAAAUCAUGUUCACGUUCGGAGGCACCACCUUGGCUAUGUGUCUGCUUGCUGUUCCCGUGUACAUGUUCGGGAAGAGGUUGAGGAGCUGGUGGACGAGACACGACCUCUUUGUCUUCUUUGGCAUGCAAGCCACGGGACCGGAGAGUCAUAUGGGUUGA